AUCUUUAUUUUCCUUAACUUCUAUAAAACACUCAGCUUACACGAAGCUUCAUCUUCAUAUUCAUCAUCUCUCCUCCCCUUUCGAAGAGAAAGAACCCAAAAAGCUUUCCUUUUUUUUGUCUCCUGCAACGCUUGAAGAAAACUCUCAGAAGAGGGUUAAAGAGAAGUUUUUUUUGGAGAAAUUGUGUGAAAAUGGAUGAGUUUGCUAACCUCAAGGAAACAGAGCUGAGGCUGGGAUUACCAGGAACGGACAAUGUAAGUGAAGAAAGAGAGAGAGUUUCGAGCUGUAAUAAGAGAGCAUCACCAAGUGAUACUGAGAAUGAGAUUGAAUCAUCAACGAGGAAAACCGAAACAUCCCCUCCUCGAAAGGCUCAGAUUGUUGGUUGGCCACCGGUUAGAUCUUACAGGAAGAACAUCAUUGAGACAAAGAAGAAUGAAUCUGAUCACGAGGGUCAAGGAAUCUAUGUGAAAGUAAGUAUGGACGGUGCACCAUACUUGAGGAAAAUAGAUUUGAGUUGUUACCAAAGAUACUCAGAAUUGCUCAAAGCUUUAGAGAUGAUGUUCAAAUUCUCUGUGGGAGAGUAUUUCGAGAGAGAAGGAUACAAAGGCUCAGAUUUUGUGCCUACUUAUGAAGACAAAGAUGGUGAUUGGAUGCUCAUUGGAGAUGUUCCAUGGGAGAUGUUUGUAUGUACUUGCAAGAGACUAAGGAUCAUGAAAGGAUCAGAAGCCAAAGGUUUAGGCUGUGUUGUAUGAGGCAAGUCUUCAGGAAACCUAACAGAGACACAAGAAACCUAAAGAGAACAGAGUUUUUCUUGAUCGAGAUAAAUCUCUGUCUGUGCUCGAUCGGGUUCUCGGGCGGGAUCUAUGUUCAUCGGAUUGAGUUCAAGUCAUAGCAGUUUUUUACCUUAUCGGUAAAUUUUGAAUGUAGAAGAGUGCUUAAUGAGCUCAAACAUAUGAAACUGGAACCUAAUUACCUUUCGUUUCAGAAAACAGGUCAAAAGGUUGUCCUAGUCUUUGGUUAUGUAUGAGAAUUAAACGAAAAGUGUUAUGAGAAUUAAACGAAAAGUGUUA